UAAACUUUUCCCAAUACAUCAAAAUGUUUUUGACUCUUUCCUACAAUUUUCUAUAGAUGUUAUUUUGUAAAUCCUUUUUUAUACCAUUGGUCAUGAUAAGAAAUUUUUGACGGGCGAAAGAGAUCCGGAAGAUGUAUGAGACGAGUUGCUGGCUGGGAAAUUACAACGGCUGCCGAUCAGAGUGCCCAUGCUGUUCUACAAACGGUUUCGGUUGUCGUUCUCGCUCCUUGGAUUCCUGUCAGGGUCGCAUGGUAUUUCCAGAAUUUCAAAAGUUCUCGGACACGAUGGUGCCUAGUUUUCUUCAAACACCACCACAAGGAAGGACUUCAUCAAAGGCACCACAAAAGACCCAAGGCAGGCUACGAUCAAGCAGUUGUCCGCCUUGUCUUAAUCCUUGUCCUUUUGAAGACCAACCUCAACCAUGUUGUGGAGGUAAUGGACAAGGCUACGGACAAUGUUGCGGUUAUAAUUCACUGCAAAAUGUUCCUAGCUAUUGCCAAGGAAGUAUUUUUUUUGAGAGAGGCUUACAGAAUGGAUAUUGCCCAUGUAAUGCCUGCCCAUUUGGACCUUCAAGGUGUAACAACUUGAGAAGACCCGAAACUCUACCACCGGCAGGCUUACCCUCCACACGAGUUCCCCAGUUCGAUCCUUGUACGGGAGAAAGCAUUUACGAUUCGUACCCCUAUUGUAUGGGUUUCACGCCGAAUCGGGUCUGUUCUUAUGGAGGAGAUACGGGUCCCCAAUGUGUCCCACAUCCGUGUCAAGCCCCGGUAGGAAGAUCAUGCCCACAAAUCAACUGCGGUGCUCGACAAAGUCCCAAUUUCGGAGUCAACAAUCUAAAAAGUGUGCCGAGUAAUUGCUCAGAAGAUGCAGAUCCCCAAAAGGAAAAGGAACCAAAAACUCCACAAAAACAAUCAUCCUCUCGAUUGGGACCCAACAAUCGAAAUAAUAAUCAUUCUGCUGGUAGAGUGCCCCAGAUUGGAAAUGGAUCAAAAGCCUCUGAAAAACAACUGACCCGUAAAGGGGCUUCCACCGAUAAUAGAAUCCCUUAUUGUGAGAACCCCGCAGACUCUAACACUUAUCAGAAUCGGAAUUAUCCUUAUGCUAGAGAGGGGGCUCAAAAUACACAACAAUCAUCAAGGUGUUGUCCUCCCUCAUGUCCUGCUCGGGAAAAUCAAAGUCAAGCCAAUUCUAGACAAGUAUCAAGAUGUCGGCCAACAGCCAGUCAAGUAGACCCGGAUAAAAGUAGUGGAAGGGCUGCAAGAAAUAGAAAUGAUCCUCCUCCUAAAGGGACUUCAACCGAUAAUAGAAUCCCUUAUUGUGAGAACCCCGCAGACUCUAACACUUAUCAGAAUCGGAAUUAUCCUUAUGCUAGAGAGGGGGCUCAAAACACACAACAAGCAUCAAGGUGUUGUCCUCCCUCAUGUCCUGCUCGGGAAAAUCAAAGUCAAGCCAAUUCCAGACAAGUAUCAAGAUGUCGGCCAACAGCCAGUCAAGUAGACCCGGAUAAAAGUAGUGGAAGGGCUGCAAGAAAUAGAAAUGAUCCUCCUCCUAAAGGGACUUCAACCGAUAAUAGAAUCCCUUAUUGUGAGAACCCCGCAGACUCUAACACUUAUCAGAAUCGGAAUUAUCCUUAUGCUAGAGAGGGGGCUCAAAACACACAACAAGCAUCAAGGUGUUGUCCUCCCUCAUGUCCUGCUCGGGAAAAUCAAAGUCAAGCCAAUUCCAGACAAGUAUCAAGAUGUCGGCCAACAGCAAGUCAAGUAGACCCGGAUAAAAGUAGUGGAAGGGCUGCAAGAAAUAGAAAUGAUCCUCCUCCUAAAGGGACUUCAACCGAUAAUAGAAUCCCUUAUUGUGAGAACCCCGGAGACUCAAACUCACAAAGACAGAAUGUGGGAAACAGAACCACUUAUCAGAAUCGGAAUUAUCCUUAUGCUAGAGAGGGAGCUCAAAAUACACAAAAAGCAUCAAGGGGUUGUCUUCCCUCAUGUCCUGCUCGGGAAAAUCAAAGUCAAGCCAAUUCCAGACAAGUAUCAAGAUGUCGUCCAACAGCAAGUAAAGAAGACCCGGGUAGGAGUAGUGGAAGGUCUGCCAGAAAUAGAAAUGAUCCUCGGGGGGGUAAUGCGAUUCAAAAGCCCUCGAGACCACAAAACACCAUCAGAGGUAGGAAUCAAGAGGCACAUCCAACACGACAAGGGAAUCCAAAUGGAGUAAUGUACGGGAAUGAGUGCCCGGAUGAUUGUCAAGACUAUUUUAACAAUCCAAUCGAAUUCGAUUCGGAGCCUUGCAACCGGACCUGGGCAUCGGACUGGGCAUCAGGACAACAGGCGUUUUGUUGCUGUUUAAAUUCAAAAAACAUGCCUAAAAAGGCUGCUGCCAAAGGAUCAGUUGCCAAGAAAAAGAAAGCAGCUUCACCCAAAGAAGCUUCCCCCAAAGGUGCUGCCGGCAAAGGAGGUUCCCCCAAAGGUGCCGCCAAAGGAGCUGGAAAAUCAAAGAAGGGCGGCAAAAAAAACAUGCAAGAAUCCAACGACAAAAUGGCACUUUCUGCCACCGGCUCCCCCAUAAGAACGCCACGGGCUCUGGAGGGCCCUGAUCAGCCAUCAGAAAAGAAGGUCGAAGUGAGUGACUGUGCCUGCGGCUGUGAUGGAUAUUGUGCGAAACAGAAGCCGGAGAUGCGAAGUUGCAGCUGUUAUGCCAAUUUUGCGGAGAAGAACGCCGAAAAAUCCAAGGACGAGGCCAACCAGGCCAAUGAUUCAAGUUCCAAAUGCUGUGCGAGUAUUGGCCCAGCUUGUUGUAGUGUAGGAGGUGGAGCGCCUUCUACCGACGGAUGUCCUAGUCCUAAUGCAACUCCUGAUUGUGGCGGGGGAAAUGCCAGUGCUGCGGAAUGCGGUGGAUGCGGGGGCUGUGGUGGAUGCGGCGGCUGCACCAGCUGCUGUAAUCCAUGCUCCUGGGUUUGGUGCUACAAUCCCUGCACAGGAUGUUAUUACUACUACCCUUCAAGUUGUUACAGUUGUUGCUAUAGUUGCUGCUAUCCCGGCUGUUGUGGCAGUUGUUGCAUCCCCAAGCUGCCACCGCCAGAUGCCGAUGUCACCAUACCACCAAAAAAAUCCAAAGAUAAAGAUAAAGACUCCCCCCUCAAGAAAGAUAAAGCUGCCAACAAAAACGGCAAAAUCAGCAGCCCCCGCAAUCCUGGCGGAACGGACGGCAGCCUUGGAGUUAAGAUUUCAUUGGCAGGAUCAACCGUAUAUCCUUCCUAUACCUCGAGCAACAAACAUUCGAUGGACGGAUAUCCCGUCGUUCCCCCGAAAAAUAAAUAUUCGGUGGACGAGGUGGAUAGCAUACUUUCGCGACAGAGUGCCCGGAAGCUGGCAGAAUACUCAUCUUCGAGCCACGGCUCUAGCUCCCAAUAGGUCCCUAAAUGUCCGAAAUUGAACGUUGAAAUUUUAUUUUACAUUUUUACACAAGUCUAUGCCUGAUUGAAGUAAAAUGUUCCUCUAAAACCAUA